AUGGGCAAGAUCACUUUCUACGAGGAGAAGAACUUCCAGGGCCGCACCUAUGAGUGCAUGAGCGACUGCUCUGACAUGUCCUCCUACCUGAGCAGGUGCCAGUCCUGCAGGGUGGAGAGCGGCUGCUUCAUGGUGUACGAGCGUCCCAACUACAUGGGUCAGCAGUUCUUCAUGAGGAGGGGCGAGUACCAGGACAUGCAGCGCAUGAUGAGCAUGGGAAUGAUGUUCGACUCCAUCAGAUCCUGCAGAAUGAUCCCCUAUCACAGAGGCCAGUUCAGGAUGAGGAUCUAUGAGAAGGAGAACUUCGGUGGUCAGAUGAACGAGCUGAUGGACGACUGCGACAACAUCCAGGGCCGUUACCGCAUGAACGACUGCCAGUCCUGCAACGUGAUGGACGGACACUGGCUGAUGUACGAGCAGCCCCAGUUCAGAGGCAAGCAGAUGUACAUGAGGCCCGGAGAGUACAGGAGCUUCAGGGACAUGGGCAUGAGCGGCCAGAGGUUCAUGAGCAUGAGGCGCAUCACCGAUAUGUGCUAG